UGGGAAUGCAACGUGAAGCCGCAGUUCUGCCAUCAUUCAAGAUGGCUGCCCCCAUCAAGAUGACCGGGGUGUGCCUGGGGGAAAGGGGCAGCAUGAUGGUAUGAGACGGUCUAGCGUCGGGCCAUGUGGAAGUUUCUGGGACUGGGGAGCCGGAUAAUGGGGCGUGGGGCCCGUGCGGGGUAGAGGGAGCAAAAGCGUCCUUUCCCAGGCGAACCCCGGCCCCUCCCCUGACCUCUGAACUGAAAUGGGGAACACGUUGGGCCUGGCACCGAUGGGGGCUUUGCCCCGCCGGAGCCCCCGUCGAGAGGAACCUCUCCCCAACCCUGGGAGCUUCGAUGAGCUGCACCGGCUGUGCAAAGAUGUAUUCCCAGCACAGAUGGAGGGAGUGAAGCUCGUUGUCAACAAGGUUCUGAGCAGCCAUUUCCAGGUGGCUCACACUGUGCACAUGAGUGCUCUGGGCUUGCCGGGCUAUCACCUCCAUGCGGCCUAUGCAGGGGACUGGCAACUUAGCCCAACUGAGGUGUUCCCCACUGUGGUCGGGGAUAUGGAUAGCAGUGGCAGCCUCAACGCCCAGGUCCUGCUCCUCUUGGCAGAGCGGCUCCGAGCCAAGGCUGUCUUCCAGACGCAGCAGGCCAAGUUCCUGACGUGGCAGUUUGAUGGCGAGUAUCGAGGAGAUGACUACACAGCCACUCUGACCCUAGGAAAUCCUGACCUGAUUGGGGAGUCGGUGAUCAUGGUCGCUCAUUUCCUGCAGAGCCUCACUCAUCGGCUGGUGUUGGGAGGAGAGCUAGUUUAUCACCGGCGGCCAGGAGAAGAGGGGGCCAUUUUGACACUGGCUGGGAAGUACUCGGCUGUACACUGGGUAGCUACCUUGAAUGUGGGAUCAGGUGGGGCCCAUGCAAGUUAUUACCACAAGGCAAAUGAACAGGUUCAGGUUGGAGUGGAGUUUGAGGCAAAUACGAGGCUACAAGACACAACUUUCUCCUUUGGUUACCACCUGACUCUGCCCCAGGCCAACAUGGUAUUUAGAGGCUUGGUGGACAGUAACUGGUGUGUGGGUGCUGUGCUGGAGAAGAAGAUGCCCCCCCUGCCCGUCACCCUCGCCCUUGGAGCCUUCCUUAAUCACUGGCGCAACAGAUUCCACUGUGGCUUCAGCAUCACUGUGGGCUGAGGUUGUCCCAGAGCCAGCCCCCAUAACAGCUGGAACCUCUGAGUCAGGUGCCCUGGGGCCAGGAACUAGGCCCCUCUCAAGAGCCCACCUUGCUGGGUGACCUCUAGGUCCCAGGAGCAGAGUGGGGACAAUACAUGCCCUCCUCCGAACUGAAGCUGCCACAGAGGCAGCUGCUGAGGCAGUGGUUUGAGGCUCCCACCUCUGCCAUCAGCCCCAGUUUCAUCUUCCCAUACUCUUAUGGCUCUGGACUAAGGGAGAAGGAUUAAGGGGUCUGGCUGGGUGCAUUUUCUCCCCUCACUCCCACCUCCUUCAUUUCCUUAUGGAUUAAAGCUCCCAGUCUCUUCCUCUUCAGCGCAGAAAAAUCUGCAUGGGAUUAGGUCCCCAUCCUGUUUUCCAUCCCAGAGUUUCCCAAGGCUGGGAAAGAAGGGCUGAAGGGCUAAAUCUUUGACCUCAGAAAGUGGGGCCCACCUAUUCCCAGACGGAGCUUCUUUACCUCUUAGCCCUGAGGCUUCCUCCUUCCCCAUCUUCUGUGCGUCCAGAGAACAACUUUGUCCCCAUGGCCACGCCUCAUUCUCCCCAUUACCGCAUGAAGAGGCAGAUCUUUAAUCUUUCAUUGCAACCAGUGGGCUCCCUGUUUACUGGCUCCAGCCUCUGGUCCGAGCAUUUUCCCCUUUCCAGUCUAGCGUGUCCAGGUGGGCUGGGGAAGGAGGCGAACUGGGUCUCAGCUGCAGGUCUCCUGGAGCAGUGGCACCAUGGUGGACAGUCCCCUGGAUGUUCGUGAUUUGGUACCAAUAUGCAUUGUUAAUGCUUUGGAGCUCAGCCAACAGGCCCAGCUGCUUCGCAUAUAGAAACCUUCGGGGUCACCAGGGAAGGAGGAGAGAGAUAGGCAGCUGAGAGUCUUGUCCUGAGGCCCUGACCCCCUAAACUGCCUCUCUGUGAAGCUAGGUCUGAACACUAGGGAAAAUAUGCUCUGAUGUGACAAAUGUAUCAAAAGUUCCAAAGGUCCCAAGUGGGGCCUCUAUCUGACACUGACUUCUCUCACCAUGCCAUUUUUCUUGAACCCAGAGCUCAGAGGGCCAAGUGUGAAGAAAGCCCCAGACUCUGCCAGAUAUUCAGCUGUGUGGAAUCUGAGGAUCUGGCCUUCUAGAGCAGGUUCUAGAAGGUGGGUGUGUUCUAUGGUAUAAAGCAACCCUCUCCUGGCCAAACUGGCACAUGGAGGAAUAAGCAAAACAGAAGUGGAAUGUACUUCAGAGUCUGGUUAGAUCAUGGACUGUUGAACCAGGGACUGGCAUUGGCCAUGAAACUGAACGACCAUAACUUCAAAGGGAAUGAAAAAUUAAAGGAAUUGGACCAAUGGAGAGGAGGGGAAGGGCCAAGGAAAGAGAGUGAACAAGGUUCUUGAAAGGCUGUUUUAGUCUGGAGGAGUUGGAUUGGUGAGGUGAUGGAUGUCAUCAAUCUCAGGAAUGCUAUUAUACCAAGCCUGUGAGCUACUACUUUGCAUCUCUCCUGAAUAAAAAAAUCUGGAAAAAGUGAGAUGAAACAGCAGUAGGAGCAAUUUGAAUGCCGGAACUCUAUGAGAUGGGAGGGAAGGACUAGACCCCCAGGGGCCCUGGUUUCCCAAAGGAAAGGACAGUAAAAGCACUCAUCCUGA